AUGGCGUCCGACUCAUCCCAUCCAUCCGAGAAGGAUGCUGGCAAAAGGUUCCCCGAGGAGCCUAGUGUGCAACAUAGGCCCGUCAGCGUGGGCGGCACCACCGACGAUGACGCCGAUGAGCGUUUGGCCAACAUGGGUUACAAGAACGAAUUCAAGCGUGAAUUUGCCAGUCUGAGUACUUUCAGUUUCGCCAUGGCCAUCAUGGGUCUGAUCUCCAGUGUCAUUACAACCUUCAACACCCCGUGGGUGUCCGGAGGUGGUCCCUCUGUCAUUUGGACAUGGUUCAUGGGAUCCAUCAUGAACAUGACUCUUGGUGUCGCCAUCGGUGAGCUCGUCUCUGCAUACCCUUCAGCUGGUGGUCUCUACACUGUCUCUGGUCUGGUCGUGCCCAAGCGCUGGGCCCCUAUGGUCGCUUACGGUGUAGGCUGGGCCAACGGUCUUGGUCAAAUUGCCGGAAUUUGUGGUACUGCCUAUGGUCUGGCGUCCAUGAUCAUGAGCUGGGCCUACGUCAUCUCCAACGGUAGCUAUGUGGCCACCACUGGAGAAAUCGUCGGAGUCUUCUGCGCCAUCAUGGUCAUUGCAGGAAUCCUCAACUCCUUCCCUACAUCAUGGCUCGCAAGGUUCACGGCCUCGUACGUCUUUGUCAACAUCAUCACCACCAUCGUUGUUGCAAUCCUCGUGCUGGCCCGCACGCCCCGUGACGAGUUCCUGAGCGGCGAAGCGGCCUUUGGUACUAUCGUCAAUAACUCUGGCUGGUCCGAUUCUCUAGCUUUCUUGAUCGGUCUUCAGAUGGUUCAAUUCGUCAUGACCGACUACGAUGCUACUGCUCACAUUUCCGAGGAGGUCCACAAGGCUGCCAUUGCCGCCCCCGUUGCCAUUGUUCAGGCCGUCUUCGCUACAGGUCUGCUCGGUUUCUUCCUCAACAUCUGCCUGGUCUUUGCCAGCGGUGACAUUGGUGUCGACCUCACCGUUUGGCCUGGAGAGUUGGCCGUUGCUCAGAUCCUGCUCAACCGUGGAGGCAAGGUCGCCUUCCUCGUCGUCUGGCCCUUCGCCUGCUGUGUCGCCUUCUUCGUCGUCGUCACUGCAACUCAGGCCAACGCCCGAAGCUUCUACGCUCUGGCUCGUGACCGCGCCAUCCCCGUCUUCUUUGCCAAGGUCAACAAGAAGACCAGGAUCACCCUCAACGCCGUCUGGCUCGUCGUCAUCCUCAACAUCGUCCUAGUCAUGCUCGCAUUCGCCUCUUACUACGCCGUCGCGGCCGUCUUUGCCCUGGCAGCCCUAGGAAUGGACUUGAGCUACUGGGUCCCCAUUCUCUGCCGUCAGAUCUUCUCCGAGCACCCCGAUGUGCAGUUCCACCAGAACCGUGGACCCUUCUACCUGGGCAAUGGACUCUUUGGAAAGGUCAUCAAUUGGAUUGCCAUCUUCUGGACUCUCUUCGAAGUGACCAUUCUGGCCAUCCCUACCUUUACCCCCGUCACUGCCAUCACCAUGAACUGGGCUUCGGUCGUGUUCUUUGGUGUGAUGAUCCUCUCGUACAUCUGGUACGCACUUUACGCACACAAGCACUACCGUGGACCUGGUGGAUACGCCCACGAGCACAAUGCACACAGUGUCGUGGUUCAGGAAGUGUUGGCCAAGGAGAGCCACUAA